UAUAACCAAUAACAGUGUUAUUUUUCUUCAACGUGUACGAAUUUCAUAUAAAACUCGUAAGACACAUAAUGCCAAGACCAGAUCCUCAUCGGUGUACAUCUUAGCAUUAAACUAUAAAUAGAUAAUUUACUUUUAAAAAAUAGGAACUCCAUGCAUUUCGUGGUGCCACAGUGUAUUUUCUAUGGUAAUAAAUUGGUGAAGCGUAAAGUGAUCGGUGUAAAACAAUCCUUAGCCAGUGAACCAAGCCUUGAGCAUUGCGCGAGGUGUGCAGGAUCGUGUGCGGUUUCGUUAUGAAUUGCGAAGAUAUUGAAGAUUGUGCAAAAAAAUACCGGGGUGAUUUUUGAAAAGGACUCAACACUACACGAUGUGACAGAAGAAAGAAGAAUAUUAAAAAAGAAACCGUUACAAAGCAAAAAUAUUAUUUUUAAGAUGAAAUUAUGUUUUCCAUUCCUGGUUAUCACGCUCACGACAGUGGCAGCGACGCCUUGUUUAUUCAACAGUAUGUGUACAUGCAAAACAGACGAAGCAUUAAGAAUGCACAUUGCAUGUGUUGCAGUUCCUUUGUACACAAUCCCAGAAGUAGCAACUGGUACUCGAAUAAGUCAUAUGGAUGUAAUGUCAUCUGAGAUCGAGACAGUUGACAAUGAUAUAUUACAAGGAACACACAUUGAAUCGCUACGCUUAAUGAGCAACAGAAUUGGAAUAAUUUCUGAAAGGGCCUUUGCGUCAUCCGGAUCAGUUCUAAGAGCUCUAGAUCUCAGCUAUAACCAGUUGGAUAAAGUGCCACUUAAAUCAUUUUUCAACAUAAAAAAUUUGGAUUGGCUUAAUUUACAUGGAAAUAACAUAGAAGUAGUAGAAACGCACUGGAAUCAUUUGCAAGAUACACUUCAACAUUUGUUUAUCGGCGAAAAUGAUUUGAUAUCAUUUCCAGAACACUUUUCAAAAUUACGAACUUUAUCUACACUAAAUUUAGACAACAAUUUGAUCACGUCUAUUCCAUCUAAUAUUAGAACUCCACCAACGCUUGAAACGUUGAGUAUAUCUAAUAACUUUCUACAAGAGUUUCCGUUGUCACUACUAGAAACUGGAACUGCGUUAAACAGAUUAUACAUUCGAGACAAUUAUAUAGAAAAUAUGACAAAAAUAAUGCCAAAUAGAUUUGUUAAGCUAGAUGUUUUAGAUUUCGGCAUGAACCGAUUAGAGAGUUGGUCAGGUCGAAUGUUUGGCGGUCGUUCGGAAGUACGAAAUUUACACUUGGAUAUGAACCGUUUAGAGUCCCUGGAUGCUAAUGCAUUUGAUGGAUUGCGGUCAGUUCGAAUGUAUCUAUCAUACAACAAGUUGAAACAUUUAAAUCACAAAACAUUUGAAGGCCUUGAAAGAAUACUAGAGUAUUUGGACUUAGAACAUAAUAAUUUAGGAAUAAUACCUACAGCAAUAAGAACACUAAAAAAUUUAAAAUUUUUGUAUUUAUCGUCAAAUGAUCUCAAUAAACUUGACUCAGCAGAUUUCACAGGUGUGUCAUCAAGCUUAAGGUCACUUUCACUAUCUGGCAAUCUCCUUACGGAAAUUCCUAGCAAUGCAUUGUCGAACUGCACUAAACUAUCACAUUUAAAUUUAGGAUAUAACUGUAUUAGAGAAAUAAAAGAAAACGAUUUUGGAGAAUGGGCAAUGCACCUUGACACAUUGUUGCUGAUGAACAACAAGUUGAAAGAACUGAUCGGAAGACCUUUCAAAAACACAAACGCUCUUCGGGAAUUAAGUUUAUCUUUUAAUAAUAUUCAUUACGUAGAUGCCGAUGUAUUCCUGGAUUUGGCUACAUCGUUGGAAAGCUUAGAAAUUAGUUUCGGUGUUUACUAUGAUAAUUUUCCAGUUAAAAUACUUAGACAUCUCAAGUCUUUGUUGUGGUUAGUGCUCGAUAAUAACGAUAUUUCAUCUGUGCCAUUUAAUGCAUUGUAUUCGCUAGAUAGUCUUCAAUAUCUAAACUUAGAAUCCAAUAGAAUAUCUGUAUUGGCUCCCGGGACAUUUAGCUCACCUAAUCAAACUGAUCUUCGUGAAGUAAGACUGAAUCAAAAUUAUUUGAUGUCCUUAGAGCCAAACACGUUUUCUAAUCUACAGCAAAUACAGACAAUUACUAUAUCUAGGAACAAAAUUAUUGAAGUUAUGUCACAUUCCUUUAAAGAACUUCCAAGACUACUCAAUAUUGACUUAUCAUUUAACCAAAUUGAAUACAUUCAACCAUCGGCAUUUGACGGUUUGCCAAAUUUUAAACGUCUUGAUUUGCAAGGAAAUCAGUUAAAAGAACUGAGAAUGACGUCAUUUGUAAAUUGUACAAAUUCAAAAACACCAUUAUUUUUAAACGUAUCCAACAAUUGUAUUGAGAAAACACCGAUUGACGAUUCUGUAACACCCAUUCAUAUAAAAAUAUUAGACUUAAGUCAUAAUAGUUUACAAGAUUUGCCAUUUAAACUAUUAUAUUUCAUAUCUAGCUCACUCAGAAACCUAUAUUUAGAUCAUAACCAAAUAACCAAAAUAUAUAACUCCGAGUUUGUAAAUUUAACGAACUUGGAAGUACUUUCAAUAACCGAAAAUGGUAUGACAUCAAUAGCAUCAAAAGCUUUUUGUAAUUUAACUUCUUUGCAAAUACUUUAUUUAUCUGGUAACAAAAUACAACAAUUAUCAUCUGAACAAUUUGCAACAUUACCAAAACUUAGAGUAUUAUCUCUAGCCCGAAAUCGACUAAGCUCAUUAAGUUGGGAUGUAUUAUCAGGAACGCCAUUAGAAUAUAUUGAUCUAUCCAAUAAUGAAUUACUCGCAGUACCGGCUGGGGUAUUAUUGAAAACGGGUGCAACCCUAAGACAUCUUUUAUUGGCUGGAAAUCGAAUAGAUCAUGUUGAUGGGACGACGUUUUUUGAUGUACCCAAGUUAGCAAAUUUAAGUUUGGCAAAUAACAAGUUGACAAUAAUUCCGGAUAACACUUUUGUUGGACUCAGCAAUCUUAUUUCAUUAGAUUUGUCUUCAAAUAGCCUCAGAGCAAAUUUCAAAGAACUUUUCCACUAUGUACAAAACGUUAGGCACUUAAACCUGGAAGAUACUGGACUAAUCGAAACGCCACCAUUACCACUUCCUAGUUUAAUUUCACUUCGACUGUCAAAAAAUAAAUUAGAAAAAAUAUCCAAAUCUUCAAUGGAAAUGUUGUCCCGGCUCAAAACAUUGUUCCUAAAUGACAAUAAAUUAACUUCUUCUCCAUCACAUGUUUGGCCAUUAAUACCAUCGUUGAAAACAUUGGAUCUAUCUUCAAAUCCUAUAAAAACAAUAACCAAAACAAGUUUUUCGGGUUUAUCCCGUUUGCAACAUUUACGAGUCCAACGACUCGAUUAUUUAGAUCGUUUUGAUGUGGGAUCACUAUCCAAAUUGUCCACACUCCGGUCAUUAGCCACUGAUUGGCGACCCAAUCUAGGACAAAUCGUAUGCGCUGCUGUUAAGUCAAUCCGCAGACUAUCGGUUCACGUAAAAGGUUCUAAACUAUUUGGACCAAUAGUCGAUACCUGCGGUCCCAAAUUAGAAUCGGUGGCCAUCACUGGAUCGAAGUUAAAAUACGUUGACCAACAGAUAUUCUCAGGUCUGGAGCGCGGGGUUGGCGAACGAUUAACAAUCAGCAUUCGGUACACUGCAAUUGAAGAUUUGCCUGCCGAUUUGUUGCUGCCACUGGUUGGUGUACCAAAACUAGCAUUAGAUUUAACCGGUAACAAGCUUACAUCGCUCAAUCCAUUGACCAUAUAUUCCAAUUACACUACAUGGGAAAACUCUGGUACAAAUAUAUUGAAAGGCGGUCUGUACCUGGACGACAACCCGUUGCAGUGCGACUGCGGACUGCUGUGGCUGGGCCAGUGGCUACGCCGGUGGCUCCGGGAGGCGGUGCAAGUGCACACGCUGGGCAUGGCCGAGACGCAACUGGCGCAGUGGACGGCCCGGCGGGCCACGUGCGCCGACCCCAGAAACGGCGGGGCCCGCGUGCCCGUGGCCGACAUCUACCCGGAGGACUUGCGGUGCAAGGCGAGCGCGCUGAGCGGCAGCGGCACCGGCAACACGGCGGCCAAGACGUCGCACCUGAUCGUCUGCCUGGCCCGUUCGCUGGCCGUGUUCUACCUGGCCACCGUCUGGUGCAACGUCUACUGAACGGACGACGCGCGUACAACAACUCGCUGCGCACACCGUAUAAUAUUAUUGUACCAUCGCGCGUUUUCCGCCGUCGUUUGCGCCGCGUCGUCGGCGUCAGUGACGUAGUCGGUCUCCGUCGGGGCGGGCAAAAACGGGAUUCCCAUGGUCGUUUUUCUUUUUUUUUACCGUUCUACUCGUAAAGUGUAUGUUCAUUUUUCGACCGGCAAUAUGUAUAGUGUAUAUUUAUUAUAUUAUUGAAUUCAAUCCGCCCCUCCCCCCCCACAAAAAAAAAAACUUCCCCCCUCGGGACGCACAACCAGCGGUGCGCAACUCGGAUUGAUGACGGCGCCCGUGUGUCUCCGUGUGCGACGGUAGGAUCGUGUGUGUGAAUAUAGUAUAUAUGUAUAUAUAGACGAUAGAUUCGGGUAAAUCAUUUUCUAAUACAUUUUUAAACGAUGCCUCGUCCGCCGCACUGAUUCUUCCUCUGCCGUUGAAAAAUUACGCCUGUUGUGGGAGAGCACAGACGUCGAAAAAAAAAUUAUUAUCACUCAGUUUUAUUCUUGUCGCAGUCAGCCCGCCCGCGAACCGGAUCGUUUUUGGCAAAAGAAGGGUUGACCCCACUCGUCUCGGCGCUCCCUGCGCGUAUGGUGGGGGGCGGAGUAAUGGCGUUGUGUUUGCAUACGGGUGUGACCAUAUACCACGACCCGAUAAAAUGUGAGCUAUUUCCCUAAUCUAAACAUAUUUUUCCACCUUUAUCUCCGACCAUUAACACACACGCGCACGCGUAUACGGCAGAAGUCACGUCGUCAUAUUUCCGAUCGUAAAACACGCACGGUACACACUCGGCGAACCAUAAUCCAUACCGAGACUCUUGUGUAGGUACUGUCCUACCGCAACCACGGUAUACCGACGGAACGCGUAUACUAUAGCUAUACCGUCCGUCACACCGUGACAAACUCGUAAAGGUUUUCGUUUUGUUUGCCGCCCAAUCGCAGGAUAGAAGCUCGCAGAGAACCCUCCGUAACAUAUUUAACGUCAUCACUGUAACUAUAGUCACUUAGUGAAUUCGCGAAAUUACCAUUCGGGUUUGUAUGCAAUUUAAACGGUAUUCCCGGUGCGUAUACGAAGAAAACGCACCGAAUAUUACGAAUUUUCAGAUAUCAGAAUGUAUAUGUUCUUAUAAGUUAAGUAUUAUUACUAUGUCAUAACUAUUAUCUAUACUUAUAAGAAUGUAUUAGGUAAUAUGAAGCCGACUAUCAUCGUUUAUUACUGUCAGUCAAAAUAACGUUACAAGAAUAUUGCAAUAUUAUAUUUCAAUAAAAUGUCAGUUAAUUUGAAUAAUCUUAAUGUGAUUUUAUGUACCGAACGAAUAAUAAAAAGAAAAUUGGAAUUUCCUGAACUCUGCUUAGAUAAUAAUUAUAAUAAA